UGCGUCAUCAGCAGAUGCCGUCCAUCAUGGCGGCUCCCAGCUGCAGGUGUCUCUCACCGUGAGGUUGUUCGAGGUUCGGUGACGCAGGAUGAGAUGAAGAACUUACCUGUCUGAGUUCUUGUAGACAGUGACCUGCUGUAGCAGUCUGUCUCACAUGGAUCUGGAAGAAGCUUCUGACUGACACCGUCUCAUGAAGAGGAUGGUCAGAGUUUCCCUUCAUUUUCUUGAUUUCAUGUGAAAUCCUUCUUUGCAUCAUCAUCAUGUCCAGAGUUUUCACAAUAAAAGUCAAAUAAAUCAAUCAAAAUGCUUUUCCUCCAGUGAGGACAGAUGCAGUUUGUCUCCUGGCUGAACAGAAACACCUGUCCUCCACCUGUGUCCUCUGUAGCUAUGAGUGUGAUGUCAUCAGCGAUGCGUGCUGCGAGGCUUCUCCGGAGCUCCGCCCCCCUGCUCACCUGGCCUCAGAGCAGCCGACUGGCCUCCAAGCAGGUCAAAGGUCAGAGGAAGGAGCAGAAGAAGCUCAAAGUGGACAAACAGGAAGUGGAGAUCAGACAGGGCAUGACGGCGGCGGCGCUGGCGGUGGCCAUGAACAGAGACUUUGACCACGUUCUGGAGGCGCUGCUCAACACGCCGGCGGACCUGGACUCGCUCCGGCCCGACUCGGUUCUGGAAGACAGCUGGAUCAAGGAGGCGGUGAUCCGGUCCGGGAUGAAGUUCAGAUGGGCCAAGCUGAGCGAGAGCCGAGAGCGGCCCAACAGAGACGCCCAGAGGAGGCCCCCCGCUGACCCCGCGCUCCUGGUGAGUCGCCCCCCGGUGGUCACCAUCAUGGGUCAUGUGGAUCACGGGAAGACGACGCUGCUGGACAGCCUGAGGAAGAGCCAGCUGGUCGCCAUGGAGGCCGGCGGCAUCACGCAGCACAUCGGAGCCUUCCUGGUCCAGCUGCCCACCGGGGAGCGGAUCACCUUCCUGGACACGCCGGGCCACGCCGCCUUCUCCUCCAUGAGGGCCCGCGGCGCCAACGCCACCGACAUCGUGGUGCUGGUGGUGGCGGCCGACGACGGCGUCAUGAACCAGACCGUGGAGUCGGUCCAGCACGCCAAGAACGCCAAAGUCCCCGUCAUCGUGGCGGUGAAUAAGUGUGACAAGCCGCAGGCCGACCCCCAGCGGGUGAAGCAGGAGCUGCUGGCGCACGGCGUCGUCUGCGAGGAGUUCGGCGGCGACGUUCAGGCCAUCCAUGUCUCGGCUCUGAAGGGUGACAACCUGCAGGCUCUGGCCGAGGCCACGGUGGCACUGGCCGAGGUUCUGGAGCUGAAGGCGGACCCGGACGGCCCGGUGGAGGCCGUCGUUAUCGAGAGCCGAACCGACAAAGGCAAAGGCCCCGUGACUACGGCCAUCGUCCAGCGGGGGACGCUGCGGCGCGGCUGCGUUCUGGUGGCCGGCCGCUGCUGGGCCAAGGUCCGCUUCCUGUUCGACGAGAACGGGUGCGCGGUGCCGGAGGCGGCGCCGAGCGCGGCGGUCCAGGUGGUCGGAUGGAAGGAGCUGCCGUCUGCCGGAGAGACGGUGCUGGAGGUGGAGUCGGAGCAGCGGGCCAGAGAGGUGGUGGAGUGGAGGAGCCACCGGGCGGGGCAGCAGAAGCUGCUGGAGGAGCAGAGCGCCAUCCAGCUCAAGCAGCAGCGCCAUCUGGAGGAGUACCGGCGGGAGCGCGAGCCGCUGGCCCACCUGAGCUGGCGCCAGAGGAGGGCGGAGCUGUACCGGGCCCACAAGAUCCGCUUGUCUGUGCGGCCCAGCGAGCGGACGGAGAGCGACGAGCUCGGCCUGCCGCUCGUCAUCAAAGGUGAUGUGGACGGGUCGGUGGAGACGCUGCUGAACGUCCUGGACGGCUACGACGCCCAGGACGAGUGCCGGCUGGACGUGAUCCACUUCGGCGUCGGCGACGUCUCGGAGAACGACGUCAACAUGGCCGCCGUGUUCGGAGGGUCGGUUUACGGCUUCAACGUGGCGGCGAGCCGCGGCGUGACGCAGCUGGCGGCGCGGAGGGGCGUGGCCCUGCGGCUGCACCGCGUCAUCUACCAGCUGGUGGAGCAGCUGCGCCACGAGUUGAGCAGCAAGCUGCCGCCGCAGCGCCACCACAGCACCGUGGGUGAGGCGACGGUCCUCGCCGUCUUCGACGUCUCUGUGGGGAAGAAGAAGGUUCUGGUGGCCGGCUGCCGGGUCCAGAAGGGCCAGCUGGACCGCCGGCUGAAGUUUAGGCUGAUCCGAGGACGAGACACGGUGUGGGAGGGUUCUGUGUCGGCGCUGAAGCACCAUAAAGACGACGUGGCGACGGUGAAGGCGGGGAUGGACUGCGGCGUGUCGGCGGACGGCGAGGUGGACUUCAGCACCGGUGAUGUCAUCGAAUGCUUUGAGGAGCAGGAAGUUCCUCGGGUCACUUCCUGGGACCCUGGGUUCUGACCGGACCGGUCCCUGAGACUGAGAAACGACUCGGUUUGGUUCUGAAACAUUUUAUUAAUAUUUCAUAAAAACAAAAUCUGAUCAUCGAUUCACAUGUUCGAAUAAACGAUUCCAACAUCCA